UAUAUCCGGCCACGUUAGAGCAAAAAUGAUAGACGUUCUUGCUAGUAUUUUGUACCGGGCUUUUCGUGAGCAAUAAACAGAAAAAAUUCGUGCUCGGAGCUUCCAGAGGCUUAAAUGUAUCAUAAUUAGUACAAGAAGACGUUUAAUUCUGAAGAAUGGACCACUGGUCAGCGUGUUUCCUUUUUGUAUCCUUCCUGGGCACCGUUUUUCACACUAAUGGUGCUGAACUAACCUUCGAAUUGCCCGACAGUUCCAAGGAGUGCUUUUAUCAAGAAAUAGAAAAAAAUGUUUCAGCUACUUUAGAAUUCCAGGUUGUGACUGGAGGUCAGUACGAUGUAGAUGUUACGUUGGAAGCACCCAAUAAGGAAAUUAUUUAUCGUCAAGUGAAGACGCAAUUUGAUUCUCACACUUUCGUUGCAUCAAUGUCUGGCGUUUACAAAGCCUGCUUUAGUAAUGAAUUUUCCACAUUUUCCCACAAACUCGUCUACAUGGAGUUCCAAGUGGGUGAUGAACCUUCUCUUCCUGGCGUUGGGGAACAUGUUACUGUGAUGACUCAGAUGGAAUCGUCGGCCCAGGAAAUCCAUAAAAACCUGAACAGUAUUAUGGAAUAUCAAACGCACCAUCGUCUCCGGGAAGCACAGGGUCGUAAGAGAGCAGAAGAUUUAAACGAGCGUGUACUUUGGUGGUCUCUACAAGAGACUCUUGCGGUGUUGAUAAUCAGUAUUGGACAAGUAUAUAUUCUUAAAAAUUUCUUUACAGAUAGGAAGCCAUCUCAAAAUCUUUAAAUAGAAUUUAUACCAAAAAUAUGUAAUUUCCUCGACUGCAUUGAAUCGUGUUUUUGUAAAGUUUUUCAUCGUUCAAGAAAUUUCGGGGAAACAAUCACCGACUAAUUUGUGACCUAUAAUGAUUUCCUUUUGUCUUUAGGUCUUAAUGUUAAGUUUCAUGUGCUCACCAAAAAGAGACGUCAAGGCCUUGUAUAUUUUGUAAGAUGCAAGUCGUAUGUGUUUAUUUGGAUGUUAAUUCAUGAAAAGAUAGUAUGAAUAUUUUAAUGCAGGUUUUUUUUUUACAACUGAGGACUAAAGAGGGACGAGUGUAAACAAUAAUUUCGAUUCGAUUUUGAUAUCUCCGCGGUUCCUCGAGUUGUACAUAUAUUGGAAAUAGUAUAAUAAGAUCGACGAUCAUCAUCCAUGUUGCUUCUUUUUUAUACUGUGUGUGUGUGUGUGUGUGUGUAACAUAAUAAAAUAUGUAUGUGAACUUUCCGAAA